GAUUUUUUUUUUUUUUUUAAAAACGACGAAGAAGACGGUAAAGCAGGAACUUCAAGAGCACACAAGAGACAGGUUCAGCCAGGUUGGCAUCCCAAGGCCUGCCUUGUGACAACACUUGACUGACUGACCUGACAGACACUCUCCGUGAAAAAAUGGACGACAGUGACGAGGCGAUGGCCUCACUGUCAGGCAGCUCUUCCUUUGGGGAAGGAGUGUCUGGUAGACCACCACAGGGUGGUUGGGCUGAGGAAGAUGACGAGGACCUCUACUACAUCCCUGAGAGAAGACCUUCUCUUGACCUGGGCCCAGCUCCAAUGGAUACUUCCAACUGGCAUUAUGUGGACCAGGCCUUGUCUCCAGCUCAGAGCUACAAGUCAAUGACAAGUGAGGAGGACACAGUGGAAGUCAGAAACGGAUCCCCCACAAGGGUGGAUCUGGAGAGAACAGAUUCAUUCUCAAGCUGCUACUCCUUUGACAGUGACGACUGUGAAAAGAAAACUCCCAAGGUUAAAAGCAAAGAUGAUAUAUCAGAUCCUGCUGACCAGUCUGAGGCAAAUGAAGAUCCAAAUAUGUUUAAACAUCCCUCUGUGACAGUGGCAUUCACUUUUAAGGCUAUUUCUAAAACCCUUGGAAAGCUGUCAAAUUUCCACUUACAACGAUUCAAGUGGAUUCUGUGGAAGCGUUACCCACAGUCAUUUAACACUCCCCCUCAAGGCAUGGACAUGGUGGACCUGGUGGACCGGCUGAUCGAGUGUUACAACCUUCAAGAGUCUUUACACCUGACCAGAACCGUCCUCGUAGAGAUGAGGCAAAAAAGUGUGCUUGAAUAUCUAGAGACUUUGUGCCUUAGAAAUGAAGUACGCUAUGAAUUAUGCAAGACUCUGAAGAAGACAUAUCGUGAAGUAUGUGAAGAUUUCUCGACAGAGGCGGAGAACAGGCCUUUCGACGAUGUCUUCGUUACUCCAUGCAUUACGUCAACCCAUGAUAAUGGCCCAAAUACUGAGCAUGAAGUCAUGAGCAUAAAACAGCUGCACAGCAACCGCAAACAGCCGAAGAUGCUUGCGAUGAGGGAUCUUUUUCCCGCUGAAAAGGAUGAGGGAAGAUAUGCAAACUUAGUAUUCUUCACUGGAGUGGCAGGAUCAGGGAAGUCCAUGGCGAUCAGAAGGUUGAUACUUGACUGGGUUGAAGAGCGAUCACACCAACAUGUGGCGUUCUUGUUUCCUUUGCCAUUCAGAGAACUCAAACAGUUUCAGGACUCAGAAGUCUCCAUCGUGGACAUAGUACAAAAGCUGUACCCAGAAACAGCCAAAUUAAGGCAUCAGGAUUUUAGGAACGAAGACUGCAUAAUAUUGUUCGUCUUUGAUGGUCUGGAUGAGUACAGCGACGAGAUGGACUUUGCAAACACAGGCUAUAUUAUUGAUGAGAUCUGCACCGUCUCCCUGAACAAAAUAGUGGUCAACCUUCUGAGAAGUCGGCUGCUCUACCGCGCCCUUUUCCUCGUAACCUCUCGUCCACAAGUGAAGGGCUGCAUUCCUUGGGAUACACAUCAUAAGCACAUAGAAAUACGCGGUUUCUGUGACUCUGAAAAGGACGAGUACUUUAGGAAAAGGUUGAAAGACGCAGAUCAGGCAGCUCGAGUUAUUGAGUACGUCAGUUCGUACAAAACCCUUCGCAUCAUGUGUCACCUGCCCUUGUUCUGCUCACUAGUCGCUGAUGAGUGCCAGCGCACAUUUAGAGAACAAGGAAUUCAGGCAGAGCUGCCCAAGAGCAUCACCUACAUGUACACAAAGCUGCUGCUAAAACUCAUGCGUCAGCAUCGCACACUUAGAGUGCCAGAUCAAAGCCCAGAUGAAGAAAGAGACUUUCUUAUGAAACUUGGAAAGUUGGCAUUCGCCUUGCUGGAAAAAGGCUCGUACAGGAUCUCCAAGUAUAAGUGGGUAGAUCUCGACAUCAGUGACAGGGAAGCAGUGAUAAACAGCGGCCUGUGCACACAAUUCCUCGUAUCGCAGUCCGUCUUGCACCAGGAGGAAUAUCUGAGCUUCAUCCACCCCACCAUGCAGGAGUACCUGGCCGCUCUUUAUGCAGUUCUCACCUUUAGAAACCUGGGGAAGAACGUAUUUGAGCAGCCACAAAAAAAUAAGCUCAAGGGGAUUUUCAAGGCACCAAAGGCCACAGAGAUGUACAAGUGUGCUGUGGAGAAAACCCUUCUGUGUGAGAAUGGCAAAUUUGACAUUUUCCUGCGUUUCCUGUUUGGAUUAUCGGCGAAAACCAACCAGGAACUUCUUGAAUUCUUAUACACAUCUCCGUCAAAGUGGCCAACUUUUGUCGAAGAUGCUGCUGCUCUCAUCGAAAAAAAAAUCAGAGACAAUCAGUUCCCAGACAGGAACAGCAACCUGCAGCUCUGCCUGGUGGAGCUGGGUGUUUGAAGCUCAGACUCAGCAUCCUGGCACAUUGUCUCUCCAUCAGGACAGGACGUGAUCUCUGUUCAACCAACAUAAACUCUGUUGGGGCUUUUGAGCAUUUGAGAACCAAACAUAUUUACUUUGAGCUUUGCAGUUACACCAAAGUACCAAAGAUGUGUAAUCUUUCACAGAUGUGGGGAUGGUGAAGUUUAGUGUGUGUUGAUAUGAAUGUACAGAAGUUGUGUGAUAUAAAGGAGCAUAUUUUUAAACUGUUUUUUAUGCAUCUAUGAGGAAAGAUUUUUGAUUGACAUUAUUGUUGCUAGCAAAUCUGUUGUGGUUGAACUGAAUUGGCCUUAAAAUGAAUUCAAAUGGCCUUUUUGGGUGCACUGUUAGAAAAUAUGAAAAGAACCAUGACUAUUGUCUAUCAUAGCGUAAUUUUAAAUGUGUCAAAACCCAAUUAUUUUGUAUUAUUUUCAUUUGUUAUUUAUAACUGUUUGUGGGCUGUUGCCAUUAUUGUUUUGUACCUUAAUCACAUUGGGAGUUUUAGUUUUGUAAUUGCAAGAAACUACUCUGAAUCAUGCUGCUUUCUGUCAUUACAACAAAAGCUGAAGUGUUCCUUUUUGCAGUUUGCAUCAAAGUCUUAAAUAAUUUAUAUUAAAUUUACUGCAGAAAACUAUCAAUUACAAUAAACAUACCAUGGUCCUGUCUAA